AUGGACGAAGCGAUUGACAAGGCAAAAGCGCGUGUAAAAGCACUGUGCGAAGAGAUAGGGCUGGAUGAAAGGGACGUUAGUGUGAGAGUUCGUGAAUUGGAGAACGCUGUCGAUAACGCGUUGAGUAUAUACGUCGGGGUCGUCUUGCAAGAGAUUGACGAGAUGCGCGAUCACUGUACACGACUCUACGAAGAAAUCAAAACCAUGCAGACUCAGCUGAGCGAUGUUGACUUUGAUGCGCAUUUGUCUGAGAUCAAAGCGCCCUAUUUGCCGGUUGCCCGUGAAUUGGAGGCUACUAAAACCAAGUUGUUGGGAUGGCAUACCCAGCGAUCCAAGCGAUCGGUUGCCGCUUCGAAGCGAAUUGUAGAAUUAGAGAGUGCUCUCGAGGAAGAAAAGACAAAGCUACCGACAGACCUGUCUCAAAACUCUAUUUGCGGCAUGGAAGCGCGUGUGGCUGAUCUGAUUCGAAUGCGAGAUUCGCGUGUCGCUUUGAUGGAUAAAGUGGCCUCAGAAGUAGAAGACUUGUGGUCGGAUUUAGGGAUUCGAGGUCAAGGCGAGCUCGCGGAAUUCGUUGCUACUUAUCAAACUAAUCCUGAUCCUUGGCUAGGCAAGAGUGGGGUUGACCAUCUCCAGACCCAAGUUCAAUCGCUGAGAGACGAGCUCGAAGCAAGAAAACAGCAGACGAACCGUCUUGUGAAAGAGUUGCAGUUCCUUUACGAAAUGCUGGAAAUCCCACCAACUGACCAAUCUAGCGCUCUCACGCAAACGGUCUUUUCCGAAGAGCGACUGGCAGGUUUAUCAGACGAGUUGCAGCGGCUCCAAGAGGCCAAGGUUGCUCACAUGUCCAAGUUUAUUGAAAAGGCAAAAGCCCGGCUCCGAGAGCUCUGGGAAAAAAUGUACUUUUCUGAAGAAGAGACAAAGCAGUUUGCCCCAUACCACUCUUCUGAAUGCUCUGAGGAGAUUUUGAAAGCAUGCCAAGACGAAAUAGCUCGGAUUGAGGCGUUGGUGCGCGACCCGGAACGACUACAUUUGUUUGCGAUGGUUCACCGUCUUAAAACACUGCAAGCUCGUGAGAUUGAGCUGGAGAGGAUUGAAAAAGAUCCUUCGCGAUUCAACAAGCGCGGCAAAGAACGGCUUGAAGAACAGAGAAUGCGAUCUAGUGUCGCCAAGAAGCCCGAGGUGGUCAGAGAACUCAAGGUGAGUUUAGAGAAAUGGCAUGAAAACCACGAGCCUUUCUUAAUCUACGGCAAACCUAUAAUUGAUGAAGUUCUGGAAGAGGAAAGCAAGUUGUUAUAUCGCCGGCCUCGGCAUUCGCGAGACAGCAAGCCAGCUGCUCCCCCUGUUCGCGCUGCAGCACCACGCGUUCAGGCUGGGCGGGUCGAAAAACGGCCACUAAGAAAACCCGUGGUUGCUCCCGCGGCUGCGUUACGACGACCAAGUGCAGCCGUCCAGCGUGCGCGUCAGCUUGAAUCCCGCCGGCCUCUCGGACACACUCAGUUUAAUCGCUCACCACCCACCAAAGAGACUCGGCGAUCGGCGUUUAUUGCAGACAGCAGUUUCGAUGACCCACAGAUGGAAGUCUGGAGACAAAAACGAAUGCUGAGCCGCCAAAUUGGGUCCAACAAAUAA